AAAUCUUUCUAGGUUGACUAAUUUCGUUUGCAGAUUUAGCGUGAAGUCCGCGUUGACAAAGACGUUUAGUUCCUCAUUUCCUCAAUGUCUGAACAAAGUUUUGAUAUCGACGAAACAAAACCGAAAGCGGAGAUUCUUUGUACUGUCAAAAUGAGCGCAAGUUACGUGAAAAUCGCGGAAGACGAGCAAGAAGAAGAACCGAUCGAAAUUCCAACGGAAGAAGACGGAACUUUAUAUUUAUCAUCCGUUACUGCCCAAUUUCCUGGCGCUUGUGGGCUGAAAUAUAGAAACGAUGAGACACACACACUUAGGGGGGUGAAACUUGUGGAAGGAAUCCUCUACCCACCUGACCCACAACACAUGUGGAAGAACUAUCUAUACGUUGUGGUUUAUCCUAAAGGAGGCAACAAAGUCCGGAAUGAUUUCCCCGAUAACAAAAGAAAGAUGGAGGAUGAAGAUGUUCAGAGCAUCAGGAGCAAACGACCCGCUCAGAAAUGCUCCGAUCUUAUUGUCCUCGGUCUUCCAUGGAAGAUUGCCGAAGAUGAUUUGAAAGAAUACUUUGCUAAGUACGGGGAGCUGGUUAUGGUUCUGGUGAAACGAGAUGAGAAUGGUAAAUCACGUGGUUAUGGUUUCAUCAGAUUUUCAUCAUACGAGGUUCAAGAACUUGUAUUAUCACAACGCCAUAUCAUUGGGGAAAGAUGGUGCGACGUUAAAAUUCCACACUCUAAGGAUCAAAAACCAACCGUCAGCAGUAAGAUAUUUGUGGGCAGGAUAACUGAGAAAAUGACCAAGGAUGAAAUAAGGCAAUACUUUGAACAAUUUGGGGAUGUGGACGAUGUUUAUAUUCCCAUCCCGUUCCGAGCAUUUGCAUUUGUAACGUUCCGUGACAGCAAUGUUGCUGCAAACCUUAUUGGAGAAGACCAAGUUAUAAAUGGUGUCAGCGUGUACAUUAACACUGCUGACCCAAAAGGUAGCAAAGAGACGGCGAUGAAACCUGGAAAUGAACGCUGGCCAAACCAACAAGGGUUCAACCCCAGAGCCAUGCAGGAACAAAGAGGACAAGACCCUCGAUAUUUCCAAGGAGCUGGGCAGAUGCCACAUGCAGGAAAUGCAUAUGGGGUGCAAUCACCUAUGGCAACGGGGCAAAAUGUUGGGGGUAAUUACCCUAAUGUCCCGCAAGGACCUGGUUUCAACAUGAUGAACAUGAACCCGGCAGUGCUGGCUGCAGCUAUAGGCUCCUGGAACUCUAUGUUAAAUGGCAUGUUUACUGAGAAUUCAAUGAUGCCAGGUCAGGGUCAAGGCCAGGGUCAGGGCCGUGGUAAUGGUGCUGUUGGCUGGGCAUCCAGUCAAGAGGGGAAACGCGAUGGCAGCCAAAGUUGGGGAAAUAAAGAUGAAAAAUGGUCUUAAAUAAAUUGUACAUUCGGUUGUUUUUAUUGCUGGUAAAAAAUGACGUAUGAAUUGGUAUUACCAAGUUUAAGUCGUUCUGUCAUGAUAUGUUUAAACGCCAUUGAUGCUGUUGUUAAUUUGUGUAUAAAAAUUUGUAUGUGGCAAACGCGAUGAUAAAUUGUUCAUACUGUCA